GGCCAUCACUUCCCCCUGCCCCAUGGCGGCCAUCACGGAUCUCUCCUUUAUGUACCGCUGGUUUAAGAACUGCAAUGUGGUGCGUAAUCUCAAGGACAAGUAUGUCUUCAUCACGGGUUGUGACUCGGGCUUCGGGAAACUGCUGGCCAGGCAGCUGGUUGAUCGGGGUAUGCGGGUGCUGGCUGCAUGCUUCACUGAGGAAGGGGCUCAGAAGCUUCAGCAGGAGACCUCCUACCAGCUGCAGACCAUCCUAUUGGAUGUCACCAAGAGCGAGAGCGUCCAGGCGGCCACCCAGUGGGUGAGAGACCAAGUGGGCGAGCAAGGCCUCUGGGCCCUAGUGAAUAAUGCCGGUGUGGGCCUGCCCAGUGGUCCCAACGAGUGGCUGACCAAGGAGGACUUUGUGAAGGUGAUCAACGUCAACCUGGUGGGGCUGAUUGAUGUAACCCUCCACAUGCUACCCAUGGUCAAGAAGGCCCGGGGCAGAGUCGUCAACAUGUCCAGCUCUGGCGGUAUUGUGGCUGCCAUAGGUGGUGGCUACUGCGUCUCCAAGUUUGGUGUUGAGGCCUUCUCUGACAGCAUCAGGCGUGAGCUCCACUACUUUGGGGUGAAGGUGAGCAUCAUCGAGCCUGGGAACUACCGGACAGCCAUUCUGGGCAACAACGGCUUGGAGACCAACUUGCGAAAGCUGUGGGAGCGCCUGCCCCAGGAGACCCGGGACAGCUAUGGAGAGGAGUACUUCAUCACCUAUACGGAGAGGUUAACAAACACGAUGCGGUUGGCAGAUCCAAGGAUCAGUGAUGUCACCAAUAGCAUGGAGCACGCCAUUGUUUCCCGGACCCCCCGCAUCCGCUACAACCCUGGCUUGGACGCCAAACUCCUCUACCUCCCCUUGUCUAAGCUGCCCACCUCUGUGACAGAUUUCAUCCUGAGCCGGUACCUUCCAAGGCCAGCAGACAGCGUCUGAGUUGGGGAAGCCAAAGGGCAGUCAGUGGAAGGUGAAAGACCGCUGCGGGACA